AUGGCCUAUCCAUCUGAUACCGUAGUCUUAGGAAACGUUACCUUCUACCUUACAAUCAUCCUCCUUUUCCUAUCAUGGGUCACCGUUUCUUUGCGACUGUGGGUGAGAUUGCGCAUCACGAAGUCCCCAGGCUGGGAUGAUGCCACGAUCGUGCUAGCAUUGGCACUCUUCACAUGCUACUGUGCCUUCAUCCUCGUCAUCACUGUCGGCGCGCAAGCGGAACAUCAGUUCACGGUACAGGAGAUUCUACAGAAUCUAAUGUUCGUACAACUCAGCGAAGUUUUCUACAUCCUUACGACUACCGCCCUCAAGAUCUCUUUGGGCCUGUUCUUUCUCCGGCUCUUGACAAAACCCUGGCAACGACGUCUAUUCCACACCAUAUUAGCCGUCUCCGCCCUCUACGGCGUUUUCUACUUCUUCGCUACCAUUUUCGUAUGCGGCAAUCCGGCGAAGCUUGCAGACAGCCUUUUGGGCUCCCGGCGCUGUGCCCCUACUGGAUUCAUCCUCGCUACAGGAUAUUUGUACGGGAUUAUCAAUGUCGUCGCUGACUGGAUCUUUACUCUUAUCCCUAUUCUCAUCCUUAUCGAUAGUGAUAUGGACCGAAGCUCGAAGAUCUCUGUUGGCCUUGUUAUGGGCUUCGCUGCUAUCGGAUCCAUCUCUAGCAUCCUCCGCAUGGUGUUCCUGAAGGGUUUACUCUUCCAGGCCAAUGUGUCACCCGACUCCAUCAAAGCUACUAUCUUCGCAACCGCAGAGCCGGGGACGGGUAUCAUCGCGGCCUCCGGCGCCAUCCUACGCCCGCUCGUCCGCCAGAUCAAAACCGACGUUCAUGAUAAAAUCUCGAGGUACGGGUCGAGUAAGAGGUCGCGCUACGCUUCGACACAUGACCCAAGCGAUGCCGGUAACCGCGACAGCAUAAUUGCGUUGACAACGGUGGAGAGCUCGAACCCCCGCGUAUCUCUAGCAUCGAAGAAGCAGUCAGUUGAUCUGGAGGAUCCAUGGGAUGACAUGGUCUCGGUGCAGCAAGCACAGAUGGGACGAAUGGUGACGAUACGGGUUGCUGCAGGGGAAUCAGUGAUUGGACCCCCUGUACCUCCCAAAGACGGAUGGAACCGUCCACGAUGA